UGUCUGUGUGGGUAGUGGGUGGAAUGGAGAGGUAUGCGUUUGAAUGUAUGGGGGUGAGGAGAGGUGCAUGGGAUGGGGAGCGGAGGGGUGCAUGUUAGUACAUAUGAGAGUGGGAUGAUGCAUAUGGGUGUCUGUCAGGGUGGAGCUGUGACUGUAGAGGUGGGUGUGAUCUGUGUUAAAGUUCUCCAAAAUUGUCCUUCCAAGAGACGAGCGCUAUGUUAGGGAUCUCAUAGGUACUCACAGGGCAAAAUCCAUCCAUGCCAGAGAGAGAGUUUAAAAUCUGCCUCCCAGUUCCUACAGUGUGAGGGAGCCUUUAUCUAAGAUAGUGCCAAGAUGGGUGAGAGAGAAUCGCCAUGAACUCUUAGCAAAGCAGUGCCUGUGACACACAGUUACACAUUGUGAUUCCAUCCAGCAGAGGGCGAUGUUGAUCUCAUUCAAUAGACAACACAGGACAGUAUUGACAGCUCCGCUGUAGAGAUGGGAGAUGAUUUGCUGGACAUCACCCAGCAGGCAAGGGAAGAGUUGGGAACAGGACCAGUAGUCCAGACUCCCUGGCGUACUAACUCCACCCUGCUUCCCUUACAGGUGAACGGCACAUGCUUGUCUUUGAGGGUGGGAGUCAGCAAGAUGGCCACAGGCAGCAGCUGGUCUUGGAAGCCUGUUGUACGAGACGCUCUGUUCGCACGCGCCUACCACUCGUGCAACGUGGUGCGAGGGAAGCUGCUGCUCUUUGGGGGAUUGAAGUCUGGCCAGCCCAAGGAGGCCCCUCUGGGAGACGUGGUAGCCUUUGACCCCACACUAUUGACAGCCGAGACGGUGGCGCCUGAUGGCGGGGACCAGCGCAGCCACCACGACACAGUGGUGCUGGCCGACCGCUGGCUGUGCGUGGUGGGGGGUUGGGAUGGUGCCCGCAGGGUUUCGGCUGUGUGCUGCUUGGACACUGAACGGGGACAGUGGGAGCGCUGGGCUGAGGGGCCCUCCAACGACCCCCCCGUGGGGCUCAGCAGCCACACCUGCACCAAGAUCUCCGAGUACGAGCUGCGGGUGGUGGGCAGGGAGGGGGGGCUCCGUACACAGCGGCGCUUCGCCAGCAUCUACACCCUGCGUGUCAACCCUGCCACCAAGACAUACUGGUACAAGGAGGAGGAGUCACGCACAGCUUCACGGUCUGGACACUCGGCCAUGCUGCUCUGCAACGCAGGUGGCUACCAGCUGGUGGUGUUUGGGGGCCGUGACUCCUCAGAGUGCGAAGUGGCUGGGCGCUGGGGCAAGGGAAAAAUCCACGUAGAGUCCAUUCAUGCCCCAAUGCUGACAGAACAGCUCUCCCGUCUGGUUAGCUCAGAGCAUGGCUCGCAGCAGGCUCCAAAAGGCCUGAGGCACCAAUCCUGCACGGUGGUGGGUCCCUUCGCGGUGGUCUUCGGUGGGGAGACUCUAACGAGGGGGCGAGACACUGUCUGUAAUGAUCUCUACAUUUACGAUACAAGACGCUCACCUCCGAGCUGGUUCCAUUUCCCCUGCGCGGAUCGGGGCCAGAAGAGAGUUGGGCACCGCACGUGCCUUUGGAACGACAAGCUCUAUCUUGUGGGGGGCUUUGGCCCAGAUGGGAAGACCCCCUGCCCUGAGAUCUGUGUCUUAGAGACUCCCCAGUGAGGAAAAGGAGAGAGAGGAGGACGUCCCUCUCCUCUCCGGCGCCCUCCCCAUCUGUCCCUGGCAAUAGCCUGCCCCCUGCAAUCGACUGAGAGCCAGCUCUGUAUAGGUGAAAUAAAAAUGCCUCUUGUUAAUCCAGCUGCGUGCUGGCCCCAGGGAUUUACUCAAACACAGAGAGAUAUUGGGGAGAAAAGAACCUCCCUUCCCCUCCCCUCCCGUGCCUGCUGGUCUUUAGGAACAAACACACCGUCAGCUCUCUGCAGCCACCAGCGCAGGCCAGGUGGGACAGUGCUGAUAUGUCUCAGGGCAAAAGUACGUGGGGGAAGGGAAGAAACUUGGUCUUGGUGAUCCGGUGAGAUUGGGGGAAGGGCAGGGAGCUGUUCUCUCCCCACAUGGAUCACUGUUACCACCUUCCAUACACUCGAUAAUUCAUCAGCGCAAGCAACUGGCUGUCCUGUGUCCAGGACUCCAGAGGCAUAACAAGGGGGUUAUGUGCUGGGGGCAAAGGCAAAAUUUGCAUCCCUCCCACCACCACCGCGUGGCAAGGCCCCGAACCUGGCACACAGCUGAGCCCAACCUUGGGAGGAGCUUGUACCACAUCUUUCCCCGCCUCCUCCAGUUUGAGGCUGGGCCCUUACACGCACUAACCUGCGGAUGGAGACAGAGGAGGGUCAGGCUGCGGGCAGACUCCAGCUGCUGGCAGCGGGUGGAGGAGGAGCAGGUGAGCUGAGGGAUGACAGGGGGAGUGGAGGGGGACUAAAUUGGCACCCCCCUAGCGUGGCACCCACGGGCAACUGCCCCCCUGCUCUUCCUUGUUAUGCCACUUCAGGACUCCCUGAAGUCAGGUGUGUGGAAAGAAAGCUGUUCCCAGCCCUCCCCUAGUCCCGGUGUGAAAUGACUAGGGGGGAGAAUAGGCGAGUGCCCAAACCACCAGUGCCUGGGAAGAAGGCUGUGCUCUCCAGCAAAUGGCCUGGUUUUGCAGCGGGUUCAAGCCGUGCUGUCAGCAGAUCACUUGGUAUGGCCAGCCAAGGCCUCCACUCGUAUCAGGAGAAAGAUGCUUGGCCUCCCUACAGCUAUCACAGCGUCACCAGCAGAAAUGUUCUCACGCUUGUCGGCUAUGUGAGUGUUCGUAAAUUACAAUCCUCUGCUGGGACAGUCCCUGGCCAAAGGAACUUGCAUUCAUCAGCUCUUAAAAAGAACUUGAGCCUGUGUGUGCUUCCCCAUUCAGAGUGACAAGGGGCAUCAUGCCCUCUUGGAUGCUUCUGCCAGCCACAUGGUCCUGCAGAUGUACCCGCCCUACAGUCGGACCACAGCUGCCUACCACACUCUUCGUGGGGGAGAGGGCAUGCUCAGCAAAGCACCAGGGACUGAGCCAAUGGAGAGGACAAGUCUGCAAAGGGCAGCUUACAUUUCUUCUGCUGAGAUUGUGGAGAACAAGGUCUGUCUGGGCCCCUCUCACCCCCGAGGGUUCUGGAGUCAAGCCCCAAAAUACUGGGCUAAAUUGCAGCACCUACUGGGGUCUCAUGGAUGGACUCUCUAGGGUUACAGCUCCAAAGGCCUGGCCUGGAAUUGAGAGGGAUUAGUUCACAUUGUGUCCCGGCUGCUUCCACCCAGGAGAACAUGGAGAGCGUGUCCCACUCCUUGCUUUGCGCCAGCCUCCGUUCCCCACCCCGUAUUGCUGUUUCCACAGGUGGGCCUGGAGUGGUCAACCACGAAUGCCACGCCCCAUGCUACUACAAACUGAGUUUUGCCCUGGAAAAGCAAUGGCCCACUGACCACUAGUGCUUGACUAGGCUGGGAAGGUAGGAACAGAAAGAUGGAGCCGUUGCUAUAAAGGGCACAGUACCACGCAUCUGUCAGCUCAGGAGAAUACAUAGCAGCCGUGGCUCUAUUGAACCAAAAACUUCACCAUAGCUAACUUUGUUUUGAUGCCUGGCAGGGCUGGAUGGCUUGUGGAGAGGCUGCAGUGACUCAGCCUAGAGCAUACCAGCUCCAAGUUCCCAAAGCUGGAUGCGUCCCAGCUCCCCCCAUUCUUGGGCUAAUGCAGAUGGAUUUUCACCAUGAAGUUGCCAGUCCCAGGAGCUCUGGAGCCUUCAGUGCAGCCAGAGGCAGCCAGGGUGCAGGGCGGGCACUGGCACAUGCCUCCCUUCAACCUCCUCUCGGGGGCUACUGCCAAAUUGUUCAAGUCCCCUCUCCAAAAGCCUGUUGAAGUCCACGUCCAAGUGAGUUUGAUUCUUGGCAAGAACCUCUCAAAGUUGCUGAGGAGUCCAGGGAGAAGCAGACAAACAUCCUGCAGAAGUUUACUGACUCUGGCUCUAAAAUCAGGCCAAGACUAAAAUGCAUGAGGUUGGGUGGCAUCCCAACAAAGGAAAAACAAAAGUGGGUGCGAACCGCCAGUACACUUUGCCUUCAAGAGCCGAGUGCAGCAUGCUUGAAACUUUGACCAGCUCCCAGCUUGUUUGUCCUACCGGCUGUCCUGUUUCUAGGUGCCUCCUGGGGUUCAGGAUGUCAAACUCUUCAGUUGCCUUCCUUAGUCAGUGGCCACAGCAAGUCCAGGUUGACACAGUUAAAUCAUCCCCAGGAAGCACCAGGCCACAGCUAAUUUUCCUGCUUAGUAACUGCACUUUUUGGCUACACAUUUCAUAUGAUCCACACGCUCAAGUUUUUGGCUGGGGAGAUCUUCCUAUCUUCCAAUUGUGUUUUAUGGAACUGAACAGGGAUUAUAUUGAAGUGAGAUGUUCCAAACCGCAAUGUCCUCCGAGUCCAGAAGAGCUGUAAAAGCAAUAUCCUUUUACACAGUGAUGCAUGGGAAGCUGCUCUGUGCUAAUUUACAAACCCCACAUGUUGGCCUGUUAGCGUGGGAAUCAAUUAGUUUAGUUUAACAAGGGCUUAGCUGUAGGGAAUAACCAGCAGAGU